CGGAGCAGCAGUGGGAAGACGUCCGGAGCCGGCCGUCACAGCCGUGCCGGCGGGGGAAGGCUCCCCGCAGCCCGGGGGGUCCCCCCAGCAGGGCCGGGGGCACGGGUGGGCACCCCGCCAUGGCCUUCACCAUGCUGCGUCCCGUGGCUGCCCGUGUGCUCUACCCCGACAUCAGCAUCCUCUCGGAGGACGAGGAGAACCGGAGCGAGAGCGACACGUCGGACCAGUCGUUCGGCUGCUGCGAGGGCACCGAGGCUCGCCGCAAGCUGCCGCGGAAACCGGGCCCGAUGGUGAUGGUGAAGCAGAGGCAGGCGGCCAAUGCACGGGAGCGGGACCGGACCCAGAGCGUCAACACGGCCUUCACUGCCCUGCGGACCCUCAUCCCAACUGAGCCGGUGGAUCGGAAGCUGUCCAAGAUCGAGACCCUCCGCCUGGCCUCCAGCUACAUCUCCCACCUGGCCAACGUGCUGCUUCUGGGCGAGGGCUGCGAGGACGGGCAGCCCUGUUUCAGUGCUAUCUACGGGGCCAAGGGCGACCUGGACAGCAAGCAGCCCCGCAGCAUCUGCACCUUCUGCCUCAGCAACCAGCGGAAAGGGGGUCUCAGGAGGGACCUCGGGGGCAACUGCCUGAAGGUGCGGGGAGUGACCCCCCUGCGAGUGUCACGGAGAUGAGCUGGGGACCGGCAGCACCCGCCUGAGACAGCGGCAGAACCGGCCAGACCCCACGCACGCACGCCAGCCCCAGAGACCAGAUCGGGGAGGGAGGGAGCUGCCCGCCCGAGGCGACGGCAGCUGAGCCCAGGGCCGAGGGCUGGCACCACACCGACACCGGCCCCGGAGCUGGCAGCGGGGUGGGAGGACGCUCCCAUGGCCCAGGCUGCCCGUGCGGGGCAGGGCCGGGGAGGGGGGUCCCCGCGCCCCGGGGCUGGACUGGAAGGGGCCCGUGUGCGGCCGGCAUUGAGGCGCUCCGGCGGGGACGGUGUCGUGGCCCCGCAGGCACUGGUGUUGCACA